AUGCCAACGUCAAACGAUGCGAGCGAUACCGACGACUGGGUCAAGUCCCUUCCCACAUUCGAGUGUCUCUACAGCAAACAAAGCACCACCCUCCUUCGACCUUUCUCACGAUUCUCAAUCUCAUCAUUAUUCAGAUCAUCGCCCACCCCGUCUGAAUUACCCGCUACAACGCUCCUAGAUCCACUCAUCCUUAUCGCUUCUACUCUACCUUUAGAACCCCUUCCUGCUCAGAAUCAUAUCACCAAAUCGUUAGAGGGAUUGAAAGACUUUGCCACCCAACUCAAGGAGACUAUCCGUUCUCAGAAUCUCGACAUUGAAGAUGAGGCUUUGGUGGAAAGGAUAGAAAAACUAUUGCAAGCUUAUCUGGCUGGGAUAUAUGUAAUUUCCAGAGUACUAUGGGACAACACCUCAGAUUACGAGGCUCAAAACAAGGAGAAUGAUGAUCACAAAGCAGCGUUAAAACAAUGCAUUCAAGGGUUCUUCCUCCUCUAUCCUAAAGUCCAAAAAGCUGGCGAUAUCCGCAAGCAUAUCUUAGGAUCUAUAUUUGCAUCCACUCAAACCAGAUACUAUCAACUCUCACCUCUUCUGCAACACCCUCGUCAACUCAUCUCAUCCCUCCAAUCCCAGCCUGCUCGACCCAUUGCCCAUUCCAAGUUGAAGGAUGCCGUUCAAUCACCCAUUAGAUCUUCGUUCCCCGACCAUAUACCCGAGUCAGAGAUUCUGUAUGUAAUAUCACUCCUCGAUACUUUCCUACAAGGCAUGCAGGAGGUAGAAGCUCUAUCUGGACCCGUGGUGGUGGCUAAGACCAAAAGGGAGAAAGAGGAAGAUAAGAGGAGACCAUCGAGGGUAGAGAUGGAAGUGAGGGUGAUGAAGUGCGAUUUGUUGAUGAGUAUGACAACCAAGAGGAUUGGCGAGGUGAAGAGUAGAGCUAUGAGCAAGAUACGAUCUGACGUCAAAGAAGAAUGGGAAGAAGCUGAACAUAACGAGGUUGAUGAUGGAGGUCAACAGAUCAAGGAUAUCAAGCCUACGUUCAGCUCAGAAGACGACUCAGAAAAACCUCAUGAAACUACUGGCCCUUCGAACAACUCAAGAUGGGAAGAUUUGUCGGAAGAAUGUUUAGUGGAAUGUCUGGAUAUAGCCAAAAAGCUAAUUGAAGAGGGACGAGCCGAAGUCCUCUCCGAUAACAUCGAAGCUGUAGAUUGGUUAGGCCAAGAUGGAAUUAUCCAGCCAGACAAACAAGAAGCAAGUCGGAAAUCGAAAUCACCGUCUCGCGAUCCCACAGGAGAAAAUAAUGAUACGGACGAUGAUGAUGAGUCUGAUUUGGAGAGCGAAAGUGAGAUAUCUGAAGGAUCCGCCUUCGGAUCAACGCAUCCUUGUCCUCUUAGAACUAUAUUCAGACUACAUGAUAGGUACGAAGAGCAACGAUUGGCCGUUUGGCUUCACCUCCCGUCGGCCAAGAGAGGUAAGAUGGGUUGGUUCAUGCGAGGUUUGGAGGGGAGGGUGGGAAGUAGUUGGGAUAGUUUUGGAUUGGCGGCGAUGGUUGAGUACGAUAGCGAGACUCUAAUGAACUACGGACUGGGCCUAGACAAACUUGAUAAAUGGGUUGAGUUGGCUUCGAUGAGGAAUGCGAAGAAAAUCAAAAGAAAGGGGAGAAAGACUGUAUAG